CUCGUGAAUGAUGAUCUGCCGGUAGAUGGUCGGUGCGGCGCUGACAUGCGCAGUGAGCGCAGCACAUGAUGCUGUUCUGUGUAUGUGUGUGUCCGUCCGCUGAUUUCAUCUCACACACGCGCUCUUCUCCUCCUCCAUCCUCCUGGAUCUUCCUCCUGAGCACAUCUUCCUCCGGAGCGGCAGCGCGGUUUUACGGACAAUAAUGGAUUCAGAGAACCCAACAAAGCCAAUGACACACCAGUGAAACCUACAAAGCCAAAAACACCACAAUCAUCAACUAUAGGAACAGAAUGGAAGAUCUGCCUUCUUGACGAGUCACGAUGCAUGAAUAUCCAUGACCCAUCAUGCCCUUGUGUCAUUUGUGACUGGAGUUUGGCGGCAGCAUGCGUCCAUGGACGGGCUCGUGGCGCUGGAUAGCGCUAGUCCUGCUGGCAUGGGGGACGUUGCUCUUUUAUAUCGGGGGUCAUCUGGUGAGAGACAACGAACAUGCGCCGCGCUCCAGCCGUGAGCUGGCGAAGAUCCUCACCAAGUUGGAGAGACUGAAACAGCAAAAUGAAGACCUGCGGCGAAUGGCCCAGUCUCUACGGAUUCCAGAAGGACAAUCGGAUGGGCCGAUAUCGUCAGGAAGACUCCGGUCUCUUGAGGAGCAGCUAAGCCGAGCCAAACAGAAGAUCCACAGUUUUCAGAGAUUAUCUGGAGAAGUUGGUCCGGGUCGAGAACAGGAAGAAUUGCGGAGGAAGGUGGAGAACGGAGUGAAAGAGCUGUGGUAUUUUAUUCACAGCGAGAUCCAGAAGCUGAGUCACAUCAAUCCGACUGACAGACAGAAACACACUGACGCACUCCUGCAGGACCUGGGUCAUCAACAGAGGACGAUCAUGACAGACCUGCACCAGCUCAGUCAGGCGGAUGGAGCGGGUGAUUGGAGAGAGAAGGAGGCCAGAGAUCUCUCCAGUCUGGUGCAGAACAGGAUCUCCUACCUGCAGAACCCGCAGGAUUGCAGUAAAGCUCGUAAGCUGGUCUGUAACAUCAAUAAGGGCUGUGGAUACGGCUGUCAGCUCCAUCACGUGGUUUACUGCUUUAUGAUCGCUUACGGCACGCAGAGAGUUCUGAUCCUCGAGUCCCACAACUGGCGCUACGCUCCCAAAGGAUGGGAGACGGUCUUCCGACCUGUCAGCGACACCUGUACGGAUCGAUCCGGAGCCACGACCGGACACUGGUCGGGUGAGGACCAUGACCGGGACAUUCAGGUGGUGGAGCUGCCCAUCGUCGACAGUCUUCACCCCAGACCUCCGUACCUUCCGCUCGCUAUCCCAGAAGACCUCGCGCCCCGACUGCAGCGUCUGCAUGGCGACCCGUCCGUCUGGUGGGUGUCUCAGUUCGUCAAGUACCUGGUCCGUCCUCAGGCCUGGCUGGAGAAGGAGAUCCAAGAAACGUGUGUCAAACUGGGCUUUAAACACCCUAUUAUUGGUGUUCAUGUCAGACGAACAGAUAAAGUUGGGACGGAGGCCGCGUUUCACCCCAUAGAGGAGUACAUGGUCCAUGUGGAGGAACAGUUCCAGUACAUGGCUCAACGGGGCCAUGUGGAUAAAAAACGAGUGUAUUUAGCCACCGACGACCCCUCGCUGUUACAGGAAGCAAAAACCAAGUACGCCGACUAUGAGUUCAUCAGUGAUAACUCCAUCUCUUGGUCAGCGAGUUUACACAACCGAUACACUGAGAAUUCCCUUAGAGGCGUCAUCCUGGACAUCCACUUCCUGUCGCAGACUGACUUCCUGGUUUGCACCUUCUCCUCACAGGUGUGUCGUGUGGCUUACGAGAUCAUGCAGACCCUUCACCCGGACGCCUCUGCUUUCUUCCGCUCUUUGGAUGACAUCUACUACUUCGGUGGACAGAACGCGCACAACCAAAUCGCCAUCUACCCGCACCAGGCGCGCACGGCUGAGGACAUCCCGCUGGAGCCCGGAGACGUCAUCGGAGUGGCUGGAAACCACUGGGACGGAUACUCAAAAGGGGUCAACCGCAAACUGGGACGCACCGGCCUCUAUCCGUCCUAUAAAGUGAAGGAGAAGAUCGAGACGGUGAAGUACCCCACUUACCCUGAGGCAGACAAGCUGCUGAGCUUAUAGAACAACAGAGAUGAAUCAUGAACGCAAGGACGGAUAAACUUGCCUUGCGGAGGAUCGCCGGAUGGAUGUACCUUUUAGUCUAAUCUGACUGAGGUUUGUAUAAAUCGCAUAAGGAUCUCUUAGACAGCUGUGGACAUCAAGAGCCUUUGAAACGGCUCUCACAUCAGCAGAAGCAAAUGAUUAAAACAUUUUUUUUUAAUUGUUUUCAUGUUUUUUAAAUAUUCUCUUGCCUUCUUUGCCACUUUCUCUGUCCUCAAACUGAAGUGAAUCUCACAGAGGAUGACAGGAAUAUGUUCAGGUCACAUAUCAUCCACAAAAUCAACAGAAAAAGUAAGAAAUUAUAUUUUGCAUUAUGAAAAUGAAACCUUUAGGAAAUAAUACCUAACUUUAUAUUUUUUCAUCUUUUUUUUUUUUUUUGUCAUUUAUAAUGUAUUUGUUUAUUUAUAAUGUGUUUAUUUAAUUUAUUCACACUUACAAUUAUGAAAAAUGUUUAUUUUUUUUAUUUUCACAUUAUGGUAGUAUUUGUUAUACUGACUUUUAUUUAAGCUGAUUUAAAUGAGAAUGAAUUACAAACUCAAAACUUUCUGAGACAUUAAAGUAAUGCAAAUUGGAUUUAAAAUGUAUUUAUCAUGAAUUUUAAAUGUAUUUAUUUAUUUAGUAUUUAUUUAUACUUACAAUUAUGUUACAUUUAUAUAUAAUAAUGAUAUAAUUAAAAUAUAUUAUUUAAAUUAUUUUCACAGUAUGGUAGUAUUUGAUACACUGCAUUUUAUUUAUGCUGCUUUUUUAUUUUUGUUUUUUAAUUAAAUUCAGUUCAGUCACAGACAGUAUGUUAUUCAAAUUGCAGAGAAAAUGUGCUUAAUUAUUAUUCAAAUAAUGUCAAAAUGCAAAACCUGUAAUAUUCCUAAAACAGACCUUUUUGCAAAAUAUAAUUUCUUAUUUCUUUCUUUUGAUUUAAUGGUGAAAUAUGAUCUGGACAUUUUCGUGAAAAUUCACCCAACUAUUUUCUUCACAUUGCGUUCUCAUUUUUCUGUCAUCACUCAGUUCUUUAUCAGUCUUAAGUGUGUGUGUGUGUGUGUGUGUGUGUGUGUUCACACAAACUAUUUGUGCUUUAUUUAUUGUGCAUCCAAAGCGGUGCCUGAGAUGAAAGGAAAAAGCUUUGCAGAAUUUUAAUUUAAAAAAAAAAAAAAAAGGAAUUAUUAAAUAGUUGGAACUUGA